AUGCUCACCCCACAUUGUCCCCUAUCGGCUCUACUAUCGUCAUCAAUCCAUCAACUAACACAUAGUCAGAUUGGUGGUGAGCUUACCGUUGACGAGCGUAACCUGCUCUCCGUGGCCUACAAGAACGUCGUUGGUACGCGUCGUGCUUCCUGGCGUAUCAUCUCCUCGAUCGAGCAGAAGGAGGAAUCCAAGGGCUCUGAGCAGCACGUUACCAUCAUCCGCGAGUACCGCCAGAAGAUUGAGACCGAGCUGGAGAAGGUCUGCCAGGAUGUUCUCGACGUCCUUGACCAGUCCCUCAUCCCCAAGGCCGAGUCUGGCGAGUCUAAAGUCUUCUACCACAAGAUGAAGGGUGACUACCACCGCUACCUCGCUGAGUUCGCCUCUGGCAACAAGCGCAAGAGCGCCGCUACCGCUGCCCACGAGGCCUACAAGACUGCUACCGACAUCGCCCAGAGCGAGCUCACUCCUACUCACCCCAUCCGUCUCGGACUGGCUCUGAACUUCUCCGUCUUCUACUACGAGAUCCUCAACUCCCCCGAUCGCGCUUGCCACCUUGCCAAGCAAGCCUUCGACGAUGCGAUCGCCGAGCUUGACUCUCUCUCCGAGGAGUCCUACCGUGACAGCACUCUCAUCAUGCAGCUGCUGCGUGACAACCUUACCCUCUGGACCUCGUCCGAUGGCAACGAGGCCGAGGCCUCCGGUGCCGGUGAGGUCAAGGAAGAGAAGGCUGAGGGUGAGGCCGCUGCCCCCGCCGCCGAGGCCAAGACUGAGGAGGCUCCCGCCGCCCCCGAGUCGUAA